UCAACCUCCAGAUUCAGCAUAUUGCGGUUCGGUUUCGGGCUUCUCAUUUCACGGACCAAGACCUGCCGGUCUGGGACCAGAACUGAGACCAGAAUCGAAACCAGGCCGGAAUUGGGACGGGACUUGGUAGGCAUGGAGCCGGGUUGGUCCAAGUCGGCCCCGGGCCCGACCCAUUGGGGGACUUUUUUUUACCAAUUUCUUGUUUACCUAUUUUUUCUAUUGCGGAAGAUUUUUUAUCAUCUGUCUUAAUUGCAUUUACUAAAAAAUUUGUCUGAAUCCUUUAAAUUGAAACUCAAUGAUAAACUUGAGAACUCACCAACUUGUUAUGGUUUUUUCCCCGUUUUUUCAAAAGCAGACAUCAACAAUAAAGCAUGAAGUCUAUUUAGCAUAUCCUUCUCUCUCAACUUUUUGAUCAAAAUAUCGUUUAUCAACGUUAUAUCUUUUUUUAUUCUUCCGUGGGAAGGCCUGUUUAACAAGGGAAGGGAUCAUAUUUGCUGAGUACACUCUGGAGAAGAUCAAUCGCUCGAUGUGGUUUGAAGCAGGAUGCACGACCGAGGCGAAAAAAAUUUCGGGGUAUGCUUGAGCACUGCCAAGUGUGGGAAGUUCGUUUGGUUGGUCUAUCUUUUAUUAUCAUGGAGAAAAUAGCGGAAGAAUACGGAAAGAUGUCAAUUGAGGAGGAAGAAAACAGUGGGUUGGUGUUUGAAUCCGGAGCUCUAAAUGUUAAUAGUGGGGUGGGAGAGAACCCACAUUUCUCUGUUGUUGCUAGGGUUAUCACGGAUAAACAUGUCUGUCUUAUCUCCUUCAGGGAAACAAUGGCUAUGAUCAGGCGCCCGAGUAAAGGUGUGAGAAUCGAACAGAUAGGAGAUAUGCGUUUUAUGAUUCAGUUCUUUCAUGAGAGCAAUGUCUCACGAGUUUUGCAGGAUGAUCCCCUGGUCUUUUGACCAUAAUCUAGUUGUUAAGUAGGGUGGAAGCGAAGGACAGACAACUGGAGGUAGAGCUUAAUCACGCAGAAUUCUGGGCGCAGAUCCACAAUUUACCUCUCAGUUUUAUGACUGAGACAGUGACGACUGGUAUUGGCUAAUGCAUGGGGAAGCUGGUCAGAAUUGAUGAAAGAACUCUCAAAGGGAAAAGUAAGGAGUUUGUUCAUAUACGUG